GGACUUUGUCCUAUAGACAGCUGCAGAGCUCCAAAGCAUGGAAGGCUGUAAUGAGGAGCAGGAGGAGGGUCUUGGAGUCCUGGCAGCUAUCCUUGAAGACAUUGGGGACAUCAGAAAAAGCAGCUAUGCGUCUUCCCUCUCGGAGGAAACCAGCACAUCCCAAGAUGAGGAGGAAGAGCUGGAGGAGCAAGGAUCUUGGGAGCAGGGCCAGAAGCAACUGAUGGAAUUAGAGCAAGCCUCACAGGCCCUGCUGACUGAGCUGUCUGUCCUGGAGGCAGAAUGCCAGGUGGAGAGGUCCUGCAGGGAGCAGGCAGAGGUAUAUGCUGCUCAGGUGAGCCAGGAGAAUGAGGAGCUGAAGCGCCUAAGUGUUGCCCUCCUCCCCGGCCUGGGCCCUGAGCCUCUGCACAUCACACCCCGGGAGCAGGGUCCCCCCUUAGAGCUCAGCCUCAGUCCAGAACAGCGACACAUCAGAGAUCUUGGGGCUCGGGUGGCUGAACUCCUUCAAGAGAAGAAGGAACUAGCCCUUCAGGUGCAAGAGCUCAGGCAGCAGCUGAAGGAGCAGGAAGAGCAGAUUCAGAAGGAGCGGCUGGAGCGGAGCUCCCUGCAGACGUCCGUGGGGCAGUCUCAAAGAGCCCUGGAAAAAUUGAAGCGGGUGUCCCACCUCGUGCUGCAGGAGUUCGGAGAAGCCUGGCAACAACUUCACCUAGAACAAGAACUGCGCCAGCAAGCUGAGAUCUUCGCCCAUAAGAUGCUGGUAGAGAAGAAGGAGGCCCACCGACAGAGCUCCAUCCUCCUGCAGAACCACGCCCCCGGCACCCAGCUGUCCGCAGCCCUGGAGGAGGUGGCCGCGCUGAGCAGAGCCCUGGAGGAGGCAAAGGGUCAGCACAGGAAGCAGGUAGUAUCCUGGGAAGCAUCCCAGGAGGAAGUGGGAUACCUCAAGAUGCAACUGAAGGAGGUAGAAGAGAAGAACUCCCAGCUGGAGGCCUUGGUCUGUGCCUUGGAAGAGAGGCUGAAGAAGGCUGAAACCCCAAGCCAGGAACCAGAGGCUCUGCCUCCAGCUCCCCCUCCACCGCCACCCCCACUGCCUCCACCCUCUGCUCCUGCAGCAGACCCUCUUCAGGUCAUCCGGCUGAGGCGAGGUCUGAAUCCACAACCAGCCCCGGCAGCCCCCUCCCUGGAGGACAAGAAGGCAAAGGCAAUGCAGGAAAUGAUGGACAGGAUUCGUCAAGGAGUUGUGCUGAGACCGGCCACCAAAGAGAAGGACACCAGUGAGGACCGAAGCAAGCGUAGGAGUGCUGCGAUAACUGAGCUGCAGACCAUACUGGCUUCCAAAUGCAGGCCCCUGCGCAGGAGCAGCAGGAGAAAGAAGAGCAGCCGGAGGGUUCCCGAUGGCCAGCUAGUGGCCAUCCUGCAGAGAAGGCGCCACCUGGUUGACUCCACUUCAGCGGGGCCCCAGGAUGGCACAGAGCCCGGAGGCAAAGGUGCCCACAGGGCUGAGGCUCAAGGCUCCAAGAUCCAGGGCCAAUGUGAGGACUGGAGAUCUGGGAACAGAAUUGUUCAGGGAGGCAAGGCUGAGGCUAAUACAGGAGGCCUUCCUGGAGUAGGUCAAACGAUCCUUUCGCCUGAGUUAAGAAGCCCUCGUGUGACUCACCGUUGCUUCAAUAGGGAGGCAAAAGAAUGCCCAACAGAGCCAGCCGAAGCAGAUCAGGCCUCCAUUCCCCAAGCCCAGGUCAGCUUGAGGAACCCAGCUCUGUCAAGGGCAUCUGUCCUUUGGGGCCAGCCAGAAGCCCUGUAAGAAAAGCAUGUUUCUAAAAAAAAAAAAAAAAAAAAAAAGCCAUGUUUCCUCCCCUAACCUUCUCACCUGACCAGAGUGUCCCAGGGAGGCUAUGGCAGGAGGAGCAGGGGAUUAGGAAGUCCCUGACAACUUGCUGAGGGAGGAGGGAGGUGGUUAAGAGUGAUGAGGAAAGGACAUGUACCUCAAUGUUAGCAGCACUGGUCUGUAGCAGGAUGGACCGCCGGGUUAAGAGUACUGUGCUCAGGCUGCAGCUGCCCCUCCCCUAGGAAGCUCCGAAGUCAAAGUUCCCCCUACCCCAAACACACCCCAACCUGGACAACCCACUUCCCAGAAAAGAGAGAGCAUCAAACAGAGCUAAGCCUUUGGAUUCAGGAGCAAUGGGAAGGGGAAUGUUUCUCUCAAAGGCCUGGGAGAAAGGAUCCAGAGGGACACAAAUGCUACCCACCUUCAACCUCUCUUCCUCAUUCUGAGUCCUACCCAGGCCCUGCUAUUAAAGCUGAUGCUGAAAAACUGA